CUUGCCUUGUCCACUUAACGACGCCGUGCUGGUUUUCUUUCUGCUUGCACUUCCGCAAGCAAUGACGACUUUGGAGAGGCCCCUUCCAAUUGACAUUGAUUUACUUUGGAUCAUUCCUUCUUUUCUUUUCAACUAAACCUCUCCUGUCUGGCUUCUAUUCACAAUGCCCCGCGUAGCAAACCCCAAGGUUCAUCGCCGUUCACACGGCUCCUUAACACCCCACAAAAAUUCCCCUGUCAAGAUACCCCUUAACGAUGACAUGGAAGAGAAGGCAGCGCGGAUGGAGGCGCGACAGGCUCUCCACGACCGCCAAAUGAACCAGAUCAAGGCAGCAGUCAAGACGCCACUCCCUCCUCGAAGGUAUGAUCCUGCAGCAAGUAAUAGUCCCUCGACACCACGCGGCUCGGGACGACGCGGACGGGACAGCGAUGUCGAUGGGCGGAGAGCAGUGACCCCGAUGAAGCGAGUGCCGAUUUUGGCCAACUUUGAGGAGUGGAUGAAAAUGGCAACGGAUAAUAAAAUUAACGCAAACAAUUCAUGGAACUUCGCGCUCAUUGAUUAUUUCCACGAUAUGUCAUUGCUUAAAGAAGGGGACGGGGUGAACUUCCAGAAAGCCAGUUGUACUCUGGAUGGUUGUGUGAAAAUUUAUACCAGCAGGGUUGAUAGCGUUGCGACGGAGACCGGCAAACUGCUUAGCGGUUUAGCUGACAGCCGCGACAGAAAGAUGCGAGAAACCAGUGCCGAGGCGGAGGACGAUAAUGAAGACGACGAAGGUGGAGAGGGAGGAACUAGAAGUUCAAGAAGAAAGGGGCAACGGUCUCAUGAAGCUACGCUUGCACCAUCAUUCGCGUCAUUACAACUGAAACGGUUCGAGCUCGAGUUUGCUGUAGACCCGCUAUUUAAGAAAGCAUCUGCGGACUUCGACGAAGGUGGAGCCAAGGGGUUGCUUUUGAACCACUUGGCAAUCGAUGGUCAUGGCCGGAUUGUAUUUGACAGCAGCGAUGACAUUGUUGACGAGCAUUCAAAAGAGGGUAGCGGUGGGCAGGAAUCUAUGGAUUCUGAGCAACAUGACUCGCCAUCGCAUCCCACUGAGCCCACAAAUGACGUCUUUGAGGACGUGGAGAUUGACAUAGCUUCAUUGGCUAGUAAAUAUUUCCCGGAUCUGGAACGACUUUCACAACAGGACAUUUGCCCGUCUCUGAAGAACUUCGACUUGGGGGAUCCAAAUGGGUCGCUGGAUCUUCCCUUCCUCAAGACCCAUGAGGACUGGAGAAAUGAUAGAACAAACGAGGAAGGUAUGGGUGAUCCAUCGGGAAUCAUGCUCGACGAUGACAACGCCAUCGGCUUCGACGACGACGAUGCCACGUUGGGUGGUUUCGAUCUCGAUGGGGAGGCUGGUUUUGGUGAAGGUGGUGAAGUCUGGGCUAGGGAGGCUGCACUGGAACCGAUGUUAAAAGUCCAUCGCAUUGACCAGGAUGGCGAUGAAAACAACAAUGGUGGAGAGCUUGAUACGGAAGACCCGUAUGCAAUCUCCCUUUCCCACCAAUCGGUAAAUCAUGAAAAUAUUCUCAGCUAUUUCGACAAUGCCCUGCAAAAGAACUGGGCAGGCCCGGAGCAUUGGAAGAUCCGCAAAAUUAAAGAACAUGCAGCCGCGAGCACUACAAGUGCCGCACCUAAGCAGCGGAAAGAAAAAGAACCGUUCGAGAUCAAUUUUGCAGCAACUAUUGAUUCCACUAUCGCUGAAUUAAUAUACACUCAAGCCGGCUCUAAUUCAGCCAUCUCCCUACCCAAAACUCAAUGGAAGACCAAGGGACGUAAUCUUCUUCCCGAUGACAAGCACUUCAAUUCGCGUCAAUUGCUUCGUCUCUUCCUUAAACCCAAAGCCCGGAUGGGUUCGAAGAGGCGUCUGGGGACACGACUGUCUGACCAUGAGCGACAUGGCCAGGCUCCAGGCUCUGGUGAAAUGGACGAGGCAUUCUGGGCCAAUCACAAGACGGAAGACAACGAAGGUCCUUCUGAGGAUGCUGCUCCUGGAACUUACGAUGCCAACUUUUUCGCAGAUGACGAUGGUCUUGCAUUUCCAAACGGCCUCGGUCUGCAGGGUGAUGAUGACGAUGAUGAGAACCUACCAUUCGCGGAUGCUCAGGAGAUGCUUACUCCGUCAGCGGAUGGACGACUAGGUUCCUCAGCAGGUGAAGCUGGGGGAGCUUCUGGGCUCAGUGCGCUCCUGAAUACGAUGGGUGCUGGAGGAUUCGGGUCGCAACUAGUAACCCAAGGUGGCCGAAGGGCUCGACCUGACUAUGUUGCCUAUGCGCGAGUAGCCAAGAAGGUCGACGUCCGGCGACUCAAGGAAGAAAUGUGGAAAGGCAUGGGAGAGCGGUUGGUCGCCUCAACCAACUUUGAUUCCACACAUGAAGCAGGGCAAUCGAUAGCUCCGCAGUCACAGCACAUCGAGGAAACAGGGACAUCAUCAAUGCCAACGCAGCCCAAGGAAGACUCGCCCCAUACUGCUGUUUCCGAGAAACAGGAUAGCGAUGGGCUACGGUUCACGCAGAUAAUGAACUCUUUGAAGUCAGUAUAUCCUAAGGAGACAUUGCGCGACAUCAGUACAUCGUACGGAUUUAUUUGUCUCCUCCAUCUAGCCAACGAAAAGGGUCUGGUCUUACAAGGCGGCGAUCCCUUCGGCGAUACAGGGAGAUCAUUAGAGGAAAUUUAUGUCGUGAAGGAUACUCAUGCUGUCACCGAAGAAGAAGCUAUGUAAAUAGAUUACUGCUGAAAAGAGAGAGCUGCCAAGGUCUAAUGCCGCUGUGCGGUAUGUCGGGAAUGUCGAAUUGGAUGCACAGGUUCUCAUGAUAUCUAUUUUAUGUCUGCAGCGGCGUGGUGGGGUGGCAUUCGUUUUCCAGGUUUUGUGAUAUAUGCUGUACCUUUUUCUUUUCUGCCUUGGAACUAGUAGCAGUCUCUUAGCAUGGAAUGGAUACCCUUAUGGUCAAUUCGG